UAAAAUGAAUAUUAAAAAUAAUGGUUUUAACUUGAAUUCCACAAAUUGGCUAAACUGUAACCAGCGUAUCAUCUAAACUUGGAACAAGUAAUCAAAGAUAGUCAGUUUUAAUGAGAAUUUGAAUUUACAGAUAAAAUAUGUUUCAAAACAUACAACAUUCAAAUCACAGUAUUUAAAAUAAGAAGGAAAACAACCCUGAAUUAAUGAGAUAGGGGAGUAGGGUUAGUUGGAACGGUAGGUUAGUUGAAACAUUGCAAAUAUCCCCCUCAAGAUGAGGAAAUAUAAUGUGGUGCUUUUAUAGGGAGGAAAAUACAUGCAACAUUGUUCAGCCAUUUUGUUUAGAAGCGCGACCAAUUUGAACUGUGCACACAAGUAAGGUUUGUAUAUUUUUCUAUGUUUGGAGUAAAAUUUUCGAUACCUAAUUUUUGUUUAUUAUCACAAAACUCGUAAUUGAUCAAAGCCAUCCCAUUAAGGGUAUUUAUUGUACUAUCAAUUAACCAUACUGUGAGCUGCAUUAUAUUGUUGGCAUCGAGUCACGUUAUUUAUAGACAGGAUAUAAUGUCGUAGUACCAUCUUGGGGUUAGUUGGAACAUUACAAUAGGGGUUAGUUGGAACAUGUUCCAAAUAACCCCUAUCAUAGUAAAGUUAAAUUUCAAUAUUCUAUUUUCUUUUGAAUAGACAUUUAGUGCUAUCUCUGUCUUUUAUUUCCCUAUUUUCAGCCAUGCCACGGGUUUAUAAGCGGAAAACAGAUCGUGGAAAGACAUUGCCGGACAUCAUGGAACGAGCUGUCAAAGAAGUAAUAUCUAACAGUAGACCCUGUCGUGAGGUGGCAGAGCAGUUUAGCAUACCACAUGUCACUUUGCGAAGAUAUUGUUUAAAGACACGUGCCAGUGGUACAAUGCCGCAUGUUGGGUAUUUUAAUAAUCGAGCUGUCUUUACUCCACAACAAGAAACAUUUCCCGUGAAUUACUUGCAGAAGGCAGCUUCAUUAUAUUAUGGUCUAUCUACAAAUGAAGCAAGGACUUUAGCUUUUGAAUAUGCACAAAAACUUGGGCAAAAAAUGCCUACACAGUGGUAUGAAAAUCAGAGGGCUGGCAGGGAUUGGCUUCUUGGGUUUCUUAAAAGAAACAGUAACAUUACUUUAAGGACCCCUGAAGUAACCUCUCUGGGCCGUGCUACUAGCUUUAAUGGGCACAAUGUUAAUGCAUUUUUCAAUAAUUUGCAGUUGGUUAUUGAGAGAGAUGGAAUUACACCUAGCAACAUCUGGAACGUUGACGAAACUGGGUGUACAACAGUUCAGAAACCUGAUAAGAUAAUUGCAAACACUGGUGUUAAACAGAUAGGUGCCAUCGUGUCAGCUGAGCGAGGUCAACUAGUGACAGUGUGUUGUGCUGUUAGUGCUGUGGGGAACACUGUUCCGCCAAUGUUAAUUUUUCCAUGUGUCAACUAUAGGGAUCACUUUAUCAAUGGAGCCCCUCCUGGAUCUGUAGGUGCAGCCCAUAAGUCGGGUUGGAUGACAUCAGAAACAUUUUUGGCUUUUAUGAAAGAUUUUAUAAAGCAUCUUUGGUGUUCAGUUGAUAACAAAGUUGUGUUAUUGUUGGAUAACCAUGAAUCACAUAUCAGCAUCGAAGUACUUGACUAUGCUAAGGAAAAUGGAGUGAUCAUGGUGUCUUUCCCCCCCACAUUGUUCACACAAACUACAACCUCUGGAUCGAUCAGUUUUCUACCCUUUCAAGAAAUUCUACAACACAGCUUGUGAUAACUGGAUGCUCGAGAACAAGGGCAAAACAAUGACAAUUUAUGAUAUACCUUCGUUAGUAGGUAAAGUGUUUCCUAGGGCCAUGACACCUGUAAACAUCCAGGCUGGAUUUAGGGUUUCUGGUAUCUGCCCAAACCGAGAUGUGUUUACAGAUGAAGAUUUCAUGCCAGCUGAUGUAACAGACAGACCGUAUACACCUCAGGAUAGUCAACCCACUACCACUGACAGAGCUGUUGUGACUGAGGGAGAUCAACCCACUACCACUGACAGAGCUGUUGUGACUGAGGGAGAUCAACCCACUACCACUGACAGAGCUGUUGUGACUGAGGGAGGUCAACCCACUACCACUGACAGAGCUGUUGUGACUGAGGGAGGUCAACCCACCACCACUGACAGAGCUGUUGUGACUGAGGGAGAUCAACCCACUGACAUAACAGAAACUGAACCAACUGCCACACAGAUACUUACCAGAUCACCUAAACUGACAGAUGGCCCAGUUGCCUCAACUUCUGGAAUUACACUCAGUCCAGAGGAUAUCAGACCAUUCAAGAAAGCCGGACCAAGAACAAACAAAAGUGGAAGAAAGCCAAGAAGGACCAGGAUUUUAAUAGA